GCGUUCUGUCGGAGCUGGAUAUCUUUAUCACUACAAAGUUUACUCAGCUACAGGGGACCGGCAAUUCAGAGGCGCUUGAAGAAUUAUAUCACGACUUCAACAAUGAUGUUGCUAUGAUAGAGGACUGGAAAGCGCACAUUCUGAGAGCGGUUCACCAGGACUCUGCAAAAAACAUCAUUCUCGUUGUUGGAUACCCAGGUGCUGCUCAUCAUAGAUUGGGCGAUGAAGUUCCUGCCACGUAGCUUCCGAGAGACUCAAAAAGACUGGUAUGGCAAGAAGGGCAAGUCAUGGCACGUGACGGUCGCAGUAACAAGGGGCGAGGACGGUGAAUUGCAGACAAAAACAUAUGUCCACGUGUUUGAUCAGUGUACCCAAAACUGGUUUGCGGUACAUUCCAUUAUUGAGAACACCCUCACCACCAUCCGGCGCACGAGCCCAGAAAUCACCGAGGCAUUUAUAAGAUCUGACAACGCUGGAUGCUACCAUAGCGGCUUUCUGGCGGUCUCAAUUCCAAGCAUCAGUCAGCGCACCGAAAUUGUUAUUUGCCGAUACGAUUUCAGCAAACCACAGUCCGGCAAAGAUGUUUGUGAUCGUCGGAUUGCCGCUAUGAAAGCCCACAUGAGAAGAUACGUGAAUGAGGGCAAUGACAUCCAGUCAGCCAGUGACAUCAAGGCUGCCCUUGAGACGUUUGGAGGAGUGAAAGGCUGUUAUGUCGCUGUCGUUGCUGUGGACGAGACCCAGCAAACUACGACGAAGCACGGAUUGAAGGGCAUUCAAAGCUUCCAUAACUUCCGCUUCGAAAGCUCUGAGAUGACUUCUCAGAUGUCAAAGAUGGGGUCACCUCAAGGAAGGACACAGCUACAAAUUCUUGAAGACUUUGGUGACCCAGAGCAUGAUUUUGGUAUCUUCCGUAAAAAAACACCUGCCCAUGUAGCUUCCGAGACUACCCACGAGGAGGAGGAGAUAGAAGACAACGAUGAAGAUGAGGACAAAGAUGAAGAUGAGGACGAGGAAGCUGAAGGCGGGGACCGAACUGCCUUUUUUUCCUGUCCAGAGAAGGGAUGUACUAAGCAGUUCCUCACUCAUCGCAGUCUUCUGAGCCAUCUCGAUUCCGGCAAGCAUCACCUUCGACUCGAACGAGAAUCAUCGUAUGACAACAUAAAGAGAAAGUGGGCAAAGGCAUGCCAAGAUGUGGUAUCAGCAGCUAGAGAGCUAACCAUAGAAAGAUCACUCGACCUGCAACUAGCCAGCGGCCAGCCAACAGUAAAAAGAGGAUGGGCUUUAAAGAGGUCCAAGAAAGCAGUACGCUUCACUGAAAAAGUAAAGCGUUACCUGACCGGCGUUUGUCUUGAGGGCGAGCAAACAGGAAAGAAAGCAGACCCAAGUGAAGUAGCGACAAGACUAAAAAGUUUGAGAAGCGAUGGAAGAAAGAAGUUCGCAAGUGAAGAGUGGUUGACAACGCAACAAAUCACAAGCUACUUUUCAAGACUGACUAUCCUUAAUCGUUCCGGCGAGCUACGCCAGCAAGCGCUUCCGGAGGAGCCUUGGGAAGAAGAACUCAAAGCUAUUUGUCACUUUUGUCAGCUCGAAACGCUGUUGUUUAUUGUUAGUUUGACACGAAUUGUUGAGAGGAAGGUGGAGAACAACAUAAAUAGUAACAGUGCAACCUAA